ACCCCUCCGCCUCCAGUUUAAGCUAGUUUUGCUAGCUUGCUAGCACACGGUGACCCUGCGUAUGCUAUAUGAACUAGACAUCCGGGCGUGUGUCUAUGUGAAAGAUGGCGACGCUUAUUCUCCCUGGUGAAUGGAUCAAGAACUGGGAAAAAUCAGGAAAACAUGAAUUUGUACAGCUGUGCAAGGAACUUACAGAAAAAACAAAUCACGGCAGUGAGAUUAGAGAUGUACAAGCUGCUUUGUACGAGCUCUGUUGGCAAGUUGUGCAGGGUAACUUGAAGUUGGAUCUUGCUGCUACUGCCCUUGGAGAUAUGAUGGAACUCAGAGAUGACAUGCCAUCCAUUUUAGCAGAUGUUUUCAGUAUAUUAGAUAUAGAGACCAGUUCACUGGAAGAAAAAAACAAACGUGACCAUUACACACAGUUGGUGGGAGCAUGUUUGUUUUUUGUGCCAGAGACAAUUCUUAAAGAGAGGUUGGAUCCAGAAACCCUGGAGUCUCUUGGACUUAUAAAGCAAGCCCAUCAGUUCAACCAGAAGAUUGUGAAAAUCAAGACCAAACUAUUUUACAAGCAACAAAAGUUCAAUUUGCUAAGAGAAGAGAAUGAAGGCUAUGCCAAGCUAAUUACUGAGCUAGGCCAAGAUCUCUCGGGCAAUAUUACCAGCCACCUUGUCCUGGAGAGCAUCAAGUCCCUCAUAGGAUGUUUCAACUUGGACCCUAAUCGCGUUUUGGACAUCAUCCUUGAAGUUUAUGAGGGCCGAUCAGAUCAGGAUGAGUUCUUCUUGCCCCUUAUCAAAUCCUACAUGUGUGAGCCACUCACACUUUGCCACAUUCUGGGAUUCAAAUUCAAAUUCUACCAGGGGCCCAAUGAGGAAACCCCUAAAUCACUUUACCACAUUGCUGCUGCACUGCUUCACCACAACCUGAUAGAACUAGAGGACCUUUAUGCACACCUGAUGCCACUGGAUGUCACCAUAGUAGAGGAGCAUAAACGGGAGAUCUCUGAGGCCAAGCAGAUCGCCCGCAAGCUUAUCAUGGUUGUGGUGCCCUCAGAGAAAAGUGAAGAUAAGGACAAAGAUAAGGAGAAAGAAGAGGAAAAGAAUGACAAGCCACCUGAUAACCAGAAGCUUGGUCUGUUGGAAGCACUGCUCAGGAUUGGAGACUGGCACCAUGCCCAGAGCAUUAUGAACCGGAUGCCUUCCUUCUAUGCCACUUCUCACAAGGCCAUUGCCUUAGCGCUUUGCCAGCUGGUGCACCUGACCGUGGAGCCACUGUAUCGAAGAGCUGGUGUACCCAAAGGGGCCAAGGGUUGUAUAAUGUGUCCUUUGAGGAACAAGAGGGCACCUCAGCCUGCGGAGAGCUUUGAGGACAUGCGCAGGGAUGUGUUUAGCAUGCUUUGCUACCUGGGCCCUCACCUCUCUCAUGAUCCUAUUCUCUUUGCCAAGGUUGUGCGCCUGGGCAAGGGCUUCAUGAAAGAGUACCAAAAUGAUGGUAGAGCUGAAUUCAAAGACAAAAUGGAGACACUACUGAGUUGUUUUCUAAGCAUUGCAGACCAGGUGCUCCUUCCUUCGCUCUCUCUGAUGGAGUGUAAUGCUUGUAUCUCUGAAGAACUGUGGGGCCUCUUCAAACUCUUCCCCUACCAACACAGGUACCGGCUGUAUGGGCAAUGGAAGAAUGAGACAUACUCCAGCCAUCCGCUGUUGGUCAAGGUCAAAGCUCAGACUGUGGACAGGGCCAAAUACAUUAUGAAGCGAUUGACCAAAGAGAAUGUGAAACCAUCUGGGAGGCAAAUUGGCAAGCUUAGCCAUAGCAACCCCACCAUCCUAUUUGAUUAUAUCCUGUCUCAGAUCCAAUGGUACGACAACCUCAUUGGUCCAGUGGUGGACUCCUUGAAAUACCUCACCUCUCUCAACUACGACAUCUUGGCCUAUUGCAUCAUCGAGGCUCUGGCCAACCCAGAGAAGGAGAAGAUGAAACAUGAUGACACCACUAUCUCUUCUUGGCUUCAGAGCCUUGCAAGUUUAUGUGGAGCUGUGUUCAGAAAAUACCCAAUAGAGUUGGCUGGCCUUCUUCAGUACGUAACCAAUCAGCUAAAGGCAGGAAAGAGUUUUGACCUGCUGAUCCUGAAGGAAGUGGUGCAAAAAAUGGCUGGUAUUGAGAUCACAGAUGAGAUGACCUCAGAGCAGUUGGAGGCCAUGACAGGAGGAGAGCAACUCAAAGCCGAGGGUGGCUACUUUGGUCAAAUCCGGAACACUAAGAAAUCAUCUCAGCGCCUUAAGGAUGCACUGCUGGACCACGAACUGGCCUUGCCACUGUGUCUUCUAAUGGCCCAGCAGCGCAAUGGUGUAGUUUUCUUAGAGGGUGGAGAGAAGCACCUUAAACUAGUGGGCAAACUCUAUGACCAGUGUCAUGAUACUCUUGUACAGUUUGGCGGUUUCCUGGCCUCCAACCUGAGCACUGAGGACUACAUAAAAAGAGUUCCCUCCAUUGACAUCCUCUGUAACCAGUUCCACACGCCACACGAUGCUGCAUUUUUUCUGUCUCGACCAAUGUAUGCCCAUCAGAUUCUGUCCAAGUAUGAUGAGCUGAAGAAGGCAGAGAAAGGAAACCGGCAACAGCAGAAAGUACACAAGUAUGUGGCAGCUUGUGAACAAGUGAUGGCACCAGUGCAUGAGGCUGUUGUUUCCCUCCACCCAUCCAGGGUUUGGGAUGACCUCCGACCCCAGUUCUACGCCACAUUCUGGUCUCUCACCAUGUAUGACCUGGCAGUGCCUCAUACUGCGUACGAACGUGAAGUAAACAAGCUAAAGGCCCAGAUCAAGGCGAUAGAGGAGAACCCAGAGAUACCCCUGAAUAAGAAAAAGAAGGAGAAAGAGCGCUGCACAGCCCUGCAAGACAAGCUACAGGAGGAGGAGAAAAAGCAGCUGGAGCACGUACAGAGGGUUUUGCACCGCCUCAAACUGGAGAAGGACAAUUGGUUAAUGGCAAAAUCCACAAAAAACGAGACCAUCACGAAGUUCUUGCAGCUCUGUCUCUUCCCACGGUGCAUCUUCUCUGCCAUUGAUGCUGUGUACUGUGCCCGCUUUGUGGAGUUGGUGCACCAACAGAAAGCACCCAACUUCUGCACUCUUUUGUGCUAUGACAGGGUGUUUUCUGCCAUCAUUUACACAGUGGCAAGCUGCACUGAGAAUGAGUCUCGGCGCUAUGGACGCUUCCUCUGUUGUAUGCUGGAGACAGUGACCCGCUGGCACAGCGACCGUGCCAUCUAUGAGAAGGAGUGUGGCAAUUACCCAGGCUUCCUGACCAUCUUCAGAGCCACAGGUUUUGAUGGAGGGAAUAAAGCAGAUCAGCUGGAUUAUGAGAACUUCAGGCAUGUGGUGCAUAAAUGGCACUACAUGCUGACUAAAGCCUCUGUUCACUGCCUGGAGACAGGAGAGUACACCCAUAUCCGGAACAUCCUCAUUGUGCUCACCAAGAUCCUGCCUUGCUAUCCCAAGGUUCUGAACUUGGGCCAGGCACUGGAAUGCCGUGUCCACAAGAUCUGUCUGGAGGAGAAGGAGAAGAGGCCAGAUCUCUAUGCCUUGGCCAUGGGUUAUUCAGGUCAGUUGAAAAGCCGGAAGGUGCACAUGGUCCCUGAGAAUGAGUUUCAUCAUAAGGAGCCGUCAGUGCGCAGUGCCACCCCUGCCAAUCAACAGAAUGGUCCUGGCAGCACAGGCAAGCCUGCCACCAACACAAGCAAAACAGAGGAGGGGGCAUCUGAGGAUGGAGAUCGGUGUAAGGACAAAUCUCAAGGGACCACAAAGCCAGUGAACAAAGCCAGCAGCGCAGCGGCCAAAGCAACCAACAGCAAUGGAAAUGGUGCUCUCAACAGCACUAAAGUUGUGAAAGAGAGGGACGACAAAGAGAAGAGUGGGAAGGAGAAAAAAGAAAAGAAGGAGAAGACGCCAGGCAACACUCCUGAGGCCAAGGGGGAAACCCGCCGGGAGAAGCAGAGGGACGAGCGAGCAGGCAAGGAGGAGCGGGCAGUACGCGAGGGUAAGGAGAAGACGCCCAAGGCAGACAGAGACAAGUUGAAAGCCGAGGAGAAGAACAGUAAAGAGGCUAAGGCUGGCAACGGGGAGUCCAAGGAACCGUCCAGGGAGCGUGACACCGUCAAGGAGUCCAAGAGCAAGGAGAAGGGUGACAGGAGCGCAGUAGCCGGGUCCCUCAAGUCACCAGUUCCAAGAUCAGAGUCUGCUGAAUCUGAGAGGGAUCACAAAAGGCGAAAGCUCGACAGUCACUCCUCACCGUCCCACUCCUCGACUGUUAAGGACAAUAGCAACGAACCCAAGGAUUCUGCAUCCAAGCACCACAUCACCUACAAUUCAGUUACGCGAUCCAAGAGCAGAGAGAGGGAGAUGGACAAGAAAGACUCAGAGAACGCACAGGGGAGAGCCAAAGAGAAGAAGGAAGAGAAGGACCGGAAAGACAGAAAGAGAGACCAUACUGUUAGUGAGCGGGAGAGCCAAGACUCCAAACGUAGAAAGGAUGAAAAUGGAACUAAUUCUUCUAAAACUAGCAAGAGCACUAGUCCUUCUGACUCACCGCUUUCUGCUGAAAAAGAGAAGAGCAAACGAUCCAAAUCCUCCAGCAAAGAGAAGGUCGAGUCUGUAAAACCUGAAAGAACCUCCUCUGGAGGCAAAAAGGAGUCCAGGCACGAUAAAGAGAAAUCAGACAAGAAAGAGAAGAGGGAUAGCACCAGUGGAAAGGAAGAGAAAAAACAUCAUAAAUCAUCCGACAAGCACAGAUAAUGUGCACUAACACAGUGAAGGGUGAGGCACAAUCAUCUUGGUGAAAAAUUCUCCAACCAGCAUUGGGUACAGUAUUUUGAAAUUCUUUUCUCUCCUUCCAUCACGGACUGCAAACAGAACUGAAGAAGCUGUGCGUUUUAUCCACAAGAUGACUUUGACCCUGUCUUUACCACGUUGUUCACUUGUAUGCUAAUUUUUGCCUGUUUUUUCAGUAUACUGCCCGCAAGUGAUGUUAUUUGUAGUAUAUCAAUUUUCAGAGCUCUCCUUUUUUUUCUUCUUUUUUUUUAUGUAUUUCAGUAAAACAACUGAAAUAGUUUUUUAUUCGUUUUAUUUUUACUAUUCAAUAUGGGCACAAUGUGCUGUUUGAAUCACGAAAUGCUCAAAUCAAAGUGGUUACUGUAAUGAAUGAUCUGUUGGUAGCAUGGGGUUAUGCAUUAAAUAAUCCCGUUCUUGGAAAACUUUCUUUUUUUUCUUUUUUUUUUUUUCUGCACCAUCAGGCUUUGCUUCUGCUUGUUUUAUUAGAGUUAACAUGCCCUUACCUCAUAUCCUUUAGAGAUAUCUGUGUAUUUAUUUCUCUUUUUACUUUUAAUCUGAGCAAGAAUUUAGGCAUAGGUGAGUGAAAUGAUACAAAGGACCAGUUUGUAUAUUAUGUGUACAAAAAAUAAAGAGGGUUACAGAAAGUCAUGUCAUGUUUUUUUCCCCUCUUUUUUCUUUUUUUUGCUUUUCUUGGAUGUACGUAACAAUGUCCUUUUGUGACUUUGUGUUAUCAGGUUUUUACAUAAUUUAUAAAAUGUCAAUUCACUCUUGAUGCAAAUAUAGAGUUGUAAAAACAAAAUCAAUAAGAAAAAAAAAACAACUGAAAACUGUACUCCAAAUACAAGUGUUUUGAAAUAACUUUUUGGAGUUUUUAAUCUGCUGUACUCAACGAGUGUAUGCUUUUUUUUAACCAAUAAAUGAUAGUUUUCUUAGA